AUGGUGGACGUUUUCACGUGCCAGCAGGGCCUUAUUACUCACCGAUCUGAGUCAGCUUAUCAGCAUCCGCGCCCAUUUCGUUACUUUGCCAGCGUGCGGAGCGCCCUUUGUGUGGACCCCAUGUGCGGGUGGGGCCGGUGCCCUAUCAUCAGUUUACAGUUCCAUGGCCCAGCCAGGACAGUUGGGGACAUCUGCCAGAUGGCUGUGGAUGACCUCGUGCGGAUGAAGUCGAUCCGACCGCCAACGCUGCUUCACGUGACCCAAGACUCCGUCACGGCAUCUCGUCAGGCUGAAAUGCUCGUUCAUUUCCCCCUCUCACGGUCUUGA